CCUAGCAUAUUCGCAUUUCCAUUACGCAGAGGAGAGCGCUCACAUGCCCCAUCGGACGCGCUCUCGGGCAACAGCGACGGUGACUGACGAGGAGCGCCGUGAAACCAGAGCCUUCAGCAACUCCAGGACCUUGCAACUCCAACACAUCACUUCCCCGCUGUGCGUAAAGCGCACUAGUUUCCAAAUGCUCAUGCUAUGACUCGCCUCAUCCCGGGACUUCACGGAUGGAGGAGUGCGUGUACGUGUCCAAAAAAGUUCAAUUAUCUUUCCAGCGAGGAAAUUUUGACUUUUUUUCUUCUCUUUAACCCUUCUUUUACACUGAAAAUUGGAGAAGCGCUGUCCAUCAUGGCCGCUGCGUCCUGAGGGGAGAUGGAUGUGGAGGUGAAGGAGGCGAACGCAUCGGACUGCCCGCACAAUGAGAGCGGCUGCGAGCUGACCGCGUCCUCCGGCGGUGUGUCCACUGCGCUGGCCAGCGUGCUGAUUUUCACCAUCGUGGUGGACAUCCUGGGAAACGUGUUAGUCAUCCUGUCCGUGUAUAGGAACAAAAAGCUCAGGAAUGCAGGCAACAUCUUUGUGGUGAGCUUGUCUGUAGCGGACCUGGUGGUGGCUCUGUACCCGUACCCUCUGGUGCUAACAGCAAUCUUCUACAAUGACUGGACAAUGGGGGACCUGCACUGCCAGGCUAGCGGCUUCGUCAUGGGCCUGAGUGUCAUAGGCUCAAUAUUUAACAUCACGGCCAUUGCCAUCAACCGUUACUGCUACAUCUGCCACAGCCUCCACUACGACCGUCUGUACAGCCUGAGGAACACCUGCUGCUACGUGGGCCUCACUUGGUUGCUCACUGCCAUCGCCACAGUGCCCAACUUCUUCGUUGGCUCUCUCCAGUACGACCCUCGUGUCUACUCCUGCACCUUCGCUCAGACUGUCAGCUCGUACUAUACCAUUUCAGUGGUGGUCAUUCACUUUCUGAUCCCGCUGCUAGUGGUGUCCUAUUGCUACAUGAGAAUAUGGGUUCUGGUGAUUCAAGUGAAGCAUCGGGUAAAACCAGAGCAAAGGACGAGACUGAAACCCACCGAUUUGAGAAACUUCCUCACUAUGUUUAUGGUGUUUGUCUUGUUUGCUGUGUGCUGGGCUCCACUGAACCUUAUAGGUCUGGCUGUAGCUAUAAACCCUGCAAAGGUGGCGCCCAACAUACCUGAGUGGCUCUUUGUUACAAGCUACUUUAUGGCAUACUUUAACAGCUGCCUCAACGCCAUCAUAUAUGGACUACUAAACCAAAACUUUCGUAAGGAGUACAAGACCAUCCUCCUUGCUCUUUGCGUCCCACGUUUGCUCCUCAUGGAAACCUCCAGGUGUGCCACCGAGGGGCUGAAGAGUAAGCCUUCACCAGCUAUAACGAACAAUAAUAUAGCUGAAAUAAAUGUAUAAAUUGAUGUUACACUGGGCAAGUAAUUGUGCCAUGGUUCACUCAGUGCCUGUUCUGGAUGUGAAUCUUUUUUCUUGUUUUUAUGUGUGGAGUGAUUCAGAUGUCCCCCCAAAUCUAUACAUAGUGGAAAUUUGACAACAUUUUAAAUACCUCUCAAUUACUUUAAAUUUCAUUAAAAUCUUAAUUUAUGUCAGAAAUUUAGUUCAAAAACUGAGAAUCAUCACACUCUGUGAUAUAAUUCAAGGUUUUAUUUCUUUUCAUUUUGGUGACUAUGGUCUUUUUCUCAUAGGAAAUUAGAAUAUUACGUACAACUAAUAAUAAUAAAAUGUAAUACAAUAAUUUAGAAAUGUCGGCGAAGUGAAAGGUUUGUCCAUGUACUGUACAGUAUUUACACUUUUUACUUGAUCAGUGCUGCUUAACAUGACUUACUGCAUCAGUGCAGCCUGGCAUAGAGUUUAUCAGCCCAUUGCUAUAUUGAGGUAUUACGGAAGCCCAGGGGGCUUUAUUGAGGCCUGUAGUUCAUUUGCAUUCUUGGAUCGGGUGUCUCAUCUUCCUCCUGACAAUACUAAAUAGAUUCUCUUUGAGGUUUAAGUGAGGCCAAUUUGCUUGUUAAUCAAGCACAGUAAUGCUAUGGUCAUUAAAGCAGGCAUUGGUGUCGCGUUGUGGUUUAGGAUUGGACCAAGUGCAGACAAGAGCUCGGCAGGAUCAUCUUUGUAAUUCAAAGAUUUAUUUACAAGGUCUAAAAACGUAGCAAAAACACUGCAGGAAAUGAACCAGAGCCUAGAUACAGAGCUUACAAAAAUCACUGCAGGUUUCCCAAGGCAAGGCGUGGCAAAAGAUUCCCAAGGCAAGGUAAUGCAAAAACAUAGCAUAAUCAAGGACGAGAACAAGGUGUGACGAACACAAGGAACCAGCAACGAACAGAGACACCAAACCAACUAAUUUACUGGGGAAAGACAAAGGCAGGUAAUCAAGGGAACUGAGAACAGGUGCGACAAGGAGACAGGGGAGC